AAAAAAGCCGUUUCAGACUUUGUGCUAUGUCUUAGGUGUACUACGGUAUAUCUUUUUUGUUUAAUUAAUUAGAUAUUGAUUCCGUGUUACCGUCCAUGUUCGUUAUUACAUAUGACUUUUUGUCUCACGAUCUUGUGAUUUUGGGAGCUCAGAGCAGUGUACCAUCAGCCGCACUGAAGUUGAAGAAAAAAAAAUGCUGCGCAUUAAUGGAUGUGAGGUGAUGGAAUGUGUAAGCUGUAUUAAGCAAGAAGAGGAUGAUGGAACUCUUAGGCCAUUUUAUACUGACCAACAGUGUACCCAGAUGUUGGUAGCAAUUAAGGAAGAGCCGACAGAUAAUUACCUGGAAGGUUGGGAGGAACUGGAGCUUGUUCCUGUAAAAGAGGAAGUAAAUCCAGAAACACCAAUUCCUUUUAGAGAAAUUGAAUCUGAUAUAUCUGAAGAUGAUGCACUGCUGAAGAAAAGUGUUGAUGGCUAUAUGGUUGUCAAUACAAAGGAGGGUGGCGAGACGUGCCCAUCAGUUAAUGGUGCCAGAGUCUUAAAUGGUGAUUCUGACAGAUUACUUCAAAAAAAGAAUGAGCACAAAACUGUCGAAGCCACUCCAAAAGCUGUCAGAAAGCGACGCAGGCACAAAUCGCAUUACAGCAGACAUCUUUCGGACAGGCCUUUCCAGUGUAAAAUUUGCCAGAAAUGUUUCCGAAAGCCCGAACAUUUACGCUGCCACGAAUUGUUCCAUUCAGAUGAACGGCAGUUUUUGUGUGACACUUGUGGCAAAGGUUUUUUUACCAACGGCGAUCUUAAGAGGCACGGAGUAGUCCAUACGGGAGAGAAACCUUACUCCUGUCCCAUCUGUUCAAAGACUUUCACGCAGUUGUGCAACAUGCAGUCACAUCUCAGAAAACGAUGCCAGAUAAAAGGGUACGGUUGUGAUCUGUGCAACAGGAUGUUUGAGGAUCAGGAGGCUCUCCAGAAACACAAGGCAAAUCACGAUAAGGUGCCGUACCACCGCAACAAGCGGAGGAAACCAUUCUGCCAGGACUUGCCGCCAUUCAUUUGUGACAUGUGCUCCAUGUGUUUUUCUAACAAACGAAAUUUAAUAUCCCACAUCAAAGUGCACAUGGGAGAUCUCAAGGCCACGAUCGCAUGUGAGAUUUGUGGUAAGAACUGUGCUCGGAGGGAACGCUUGAUCGUGCACAUGCGAAGCCAUACAGGAGAAAAACCUUUUUCGUGCAGUGUAUGUGGGAGAGCAUUUUCUCAGCAAUGUAAUUUAAAAAAGCACGAAGCUUUACAUUUGCCUGACUAAUCAUUAGGAGACAAGGUUGAUAUACUGUUACGUAUAAGGGCACAUUUCAGUUGUGGGAUAAUGUAGUACAUAUAUUGUAGCGAAACAUAAUCCUUUGCCCUGGUGAGAAAUUAAACUGCCUUUUAAUUAUAAUAAGACUGAAUAAAUGAACUAAUAAUAAACAUUGUAAUACUUUUAUUAGCACCAAAAUGCAUGUCAGAAUAUUUGCAAAUUUUAGUAGCUGUUCCUUUUUUGUGGCUCAUGUUCAUUAAUGUAGAAGAAACCUAUAUUAUUUAUUUAACAAUGAAAAUAAUCAAUUAUUGACAGUUUAAUGUAAAUGGAUAGGAAAAAAAUCCACUCGCCAAGGGAGGGCAGGAGAACACACGCACAAAAAGGUUUAACUUUUACAAGCUUUCGGAGCCAGUGGCUCCUCCUCCUGGCAGAAGAGUUGAAGGGGGAAGGAUGAGGGGUGAAGGAAAAGGGUUAGAGUUCAGAAAAGUCACCCAAAACCUCGGGUCAGGGAAGACUUACUGGAUGGGAUGAGAAGGCAAAAAUACUGGACGGUAGUCCAGUAUGUCUCCCCUGACAUGAGGUUCUGGGUGGCUUUUCUGAAAUGUAUCCUUUUCUUAAACCUGUCCAGUUCUUUUCCUUAACCCCUCUUCCUCCCCUUUCAACUCUUCUUCCAUAAGAAGGAGUCACUGGCUCCAAAAGCUUGUAAAAGUUAAAACUUCUUGUGUGUGUGUUCUCCUGCCGCCACUUGGUGGCUAUAUUUAUUGUUUUUUGGUAUAUGAAUGAGGAAUGGUAGUGAAUUGAAUUGUUUGUUUAUGUACAUUUUUAUCUGUUGUGACAAAAUCACCCACAUAAAGUGUUUUUUUUAAAUAUUA